CACACACACACUGACUGGAGAGUCAGGCGCACUCGCUCCUGCCAGGAAGUUGUUGGUAUUCGGGAAAUAACAAAGACACGAAAAAAGGUAUAUUUAACGCAACGAAACUACACGAGGGGGAUCUGUGUAACGUGUACGGGAUCCGGGUAUGAGCUGGAGGACUAUUAACUAAUGGAGGACUAAUCGAUGGAGGCAGACAAAAGUUUUGGGCUCGUCUGGGUCCUGCUGCUGCUGUUGGGUAUUACAGCCGCUUCAGGGAGAGAAGUAUGUCUUGGGACUGAUAUGAAGUUGGCUUUACCCUCCAGUCUUGAGAAUCAUUAUGAAAUGCUCAGGCUGCUGUACAUGGGCUGCCGGGUGGUUCAUGGUAACCUGGAGAUCACACACCUGCAAGGAAAUCCAGAUCUCUCCUUCCUGCAGGGGAUUGUGGAGGUUCAGGGGUAUGUGCUGAUAGCUCACAUCGCAGUGCGUUCGGUUCCUCUGGACAAUCUGCGUAUCAUACGAGGCAGUCAGCUUUAUAACUCCAGCUAUGCUCUCGCUGUACAUAACAACAUCCACCACAGUCAGACGGGACUCGGCUUGAGAGAAAUACGCCUCAGGAGUCUUACAGAAAUCUUGCUUGGCGGGGUUUAUAUUUGGGGAAAUCCUCAACUUUGCUUUCCUCGGAAUAUUAACUGGGAAGACACUGUUGCUAAAGUUGAAAACAAACCGCUGCACCUGCAAGACAUCCCAAAGAACUGUCCCCUUUGUUCUUCAGCUUGUCCUUCAAAGAGUGGAUGCUGGGGAGAAACAAAUCAGGACUGCCAAACAUUGACCUCAGUGCAUUGCUCAUCUGGCUGUUUGCGCUGUAAGGGUCCAAAACCCAACGACUGCUGUCAUGUGCAGUGUGCUGCUGGGUGUACGGGGCCGAAAGACACUGACUGUCUGGCCUGUCGUCACUUCAAUGACAGUGGGACAUGUAAAGACAACUGCCCCCCACCCACCAUCUAUGACCCAAACACCUAUCAGUCCAAACCCAACAAGGACAAAAAGUUCAGCUUUGGAGCCACAUGUGUUAAACAGUGUCCCCAUAACUAUUUGGCAAUGGAAGUGGCAUGUACAAUGGUCUGUCCCAAAGCUAACAAGGAAGUCAUCACUGUUGAGCCAGAUGGCCAAGAAACACAGAAAUGUGAAAAGUGUGAAGGAGAGUGUCCAAAAGUGUGUUAUGGACUAGGAAUGGGAAACCUUCAAGGGGUGUCAGUGGUGGAUGCCACCAACAUUGGCAUGUUCGUUGGCUGUAAGAAAAUCUACGGCAGUUUGGCUUUUCUUUCAGACUCCUUCAAAGUAAAUGCAGCUACCAAUUCAUCUGGACUGCAGUGGAGUGACCUGGAGAAGUUAAAGACAAUAGAAGAAAUCACAGGAUACCUGUACAUAGAUGCAUGGCCAGAUAAUUUGCUUGAUCUGAGUGUUUUUGAGAACUUGAAGGUGGUCAGAGGAAGAAUGCUUUACAAGGGUGUUUUCUCUUUGGGAGUUCAGUCUUUGCAGAUCGAGUCUCUCGGGUUGCGUUCCUUGCGCAGUGUCAGUGGAAGCAUAGCACUGAUUCAUAAUAACUCUAGACUGUGCUACACCUCCUCUCUGCCCUGGAACUCGCUGCUCCACCCCACACAGGGACCCAACCUCAUCAGCAACAACAACCAAGACCAGCAAACAUGUGUUUCAGAGGGGAGAGUAUGUGACCCCCUGUGUGCGGAUGCAGGCUGCUGGGGGCCGGGACCUAGUCAGUGUGUGUCGUGUGUGAAUUACAAACGUGGGACGGAGUGUGUGGAGCAGUGUAAUGUCCUACAGGGAUCAGUGCGGGAGUUUGUGGAUGGAUUGAACUGUGUCCCUUGCCAUCCAGAGUGUAAACCAGUCAAUGACUCUGCUUCCUGUACAGGCCCAGGUCCAGAACACUGUAAGGAGUGUCUGCACUUUCAAGAUGGAGAUGUGUGUGUCGAUCGCUGUCCCAGUGGGGUAAAGGAGGACCAGCACACUGUGUGGAAGUACUUCAACGCUACGGGACACUGUCUGCCCUGCGAGACCAACUGCACUGUCUCGUGUCCACUGGAUGAUAGGGGGUGCCCCAUCCAAAAGAAAACUGGGCCUGGGACAACAGUCGCCGUCACAGUUGGUGGAGUGCUUCUUUUCAUCAUUUUGCUGGCGCUGCUGGUGUUUUACCUGCGACGACAGAAACACCACAAAAGGAAAGAAACCAUGAGGAGAAUUCUACAGGAGCAUGAGCUGGUGGAGCCCCUGACCCCGAGUGGAGCGGUGCCGAACCAGGCUCAGAUGCGUAUUCUCAAGGAGACAGAGCUGAAGAAACUCAGAGUGCUGGGUUCUGGAGCCUUUGGCACAGUCUAUAAGGGUAUCUGGGCUCCUGAUGGGGAGAACAUCAAGAUCCCAGUGGCCAUCAAAGUUUUGCGUGAGAACACCUCGCCCAAAGCCAACAAAGAAAUCCUGGAUGAAGCAUAUGUGAUGGCUGGUGUAGCGAGCCCAUAUGUUUGCCGUUUGCUGGGUAUCUGUCUGACAUCAACAGUUCAGCUGGUUACUCAGCUCAUGCCGUACGGGUGCUUGUUGGAAUACGUCAGAGAGAACAAGGACCGUAUCGGCUCUCAGUACCUUCUCAACUGGUGUGUACAGAUUGCUAAGGGAAUGAGUUACCUUGAAGAUGUCAGGCUGGUUCACCGAGACCUUGCAGCUAGGAAUGUUCUGGUCAAAAACCCGAACCAUGUGAAGAUCACAGACUUUGGGCUUGCCAGACUGCUGGACAUAGAUGAGAAAGAGUACCAUGCUGAUGGGGGAAAGGUGCCGAUCAAAUGGAUGGCACUCGAAUCCAUAUUACAUCGGAAGUUUACUCACCAAAGUGACGUAUGGAGCUACGGGGUGACUGUGUGGGAGUUGAUGACCUUUGGCAUGAAGCCAUAUGACCAGAUACCAGCGCGGGAAAUUCCAGACCUACUGGAGAGGGGAGAAAGACUCCCUCAGCCGUUCAACUGUACCGAGGAUGUAUACAUGAUCAUGGUCAAAUGUUGGAUGAUUGAUCCUGAAAGUCGACCACGAUUUAAGGAGCUGGUGGAUGAGUUCAACGUCAUGGCACGUGAUCCCCCACGUUAUGUAGUCAUUUUGAAUGAUGAUCAGAUGAGUCUUUCGAGUCCUGUUGACAGUGAGUUCUUCCGCACACUGCUGGCAGAAGAGGGAGGGAAUGUGAAGGAGUUACUGGAUGCAGAAGAAUACCUGGUGCCCCAGCCCGGUGGCAUCUUCAACACACAAGGAGAAAUGAGAGCCUACGGACCCAGCAGACACCACUCUCACCGGGUCAGAGAUGAGUAUGUGAACCAGGACGUGUCAUCUGACCGUCCCAGCACACUUCCACGCAAAGCGAGAGAGAGGAGAUUCAUUAACGGUCUUUAUACAGGGAACAGUGUGGAGAACCCAGAGUACCUGGUGCCAGUGCACAGCAUCUCACCCGUUUCACCCGCCUUCGACAACCCCUACUAUCAUGAUAUCGCAGCUAAAGCUCAGGCAGUCGCCAGAGCGUCCAUAAACGGAGGUACGACUCACAGGCAGCCCAAUGGCUACAUGACCACCACAGCAGAAAACCCAGAGUACCUGGGCUUAGCAGAGACAUGGAGUGGUCAGAUGGAGUAUACUUGAGAGGAAUCACUCGGUACAGUUUGAGUGUAAGCGUGAGCGGUGAAGUUGUGUGCAUGAGCGAGCGAGUGAGUAAAAGACAUAUUUUGUGAAGGACGUUCUCAAUGGGAAUGGUUUCUCAUGGCUUUCUACUAAAUUACCAUACAAACGUAUGUAGCAUUCUGUACUGGAGUUGGAAUUUGAAGAUUGGAUGCAUUUCCUUUUUUUGCCAAAAAAUCUGCUUUUUUUUGCAUCUUACAAAUACAUGGUACGUUUUUAAGACUGCUUGAAUGAUGUUAACACUGGAUAAUGUCUUUGUAGCACACUAAGGAUUUUUAUUUGGAUUUGGUCAUCUCAUAAAAACUUUACCUUUUAUGGAGAUUCAAUUCAAUUCCAAACCAGGACCGUACACACUGCUUUCCAGAGCGCUGCGUGAGAGCCGGACACAAUCAAAGCUGCUCUGUUCUGUGUGUAACGGCCCUGGGUGAGCAGCUAUAGUGCCAGUGAAUGAAAGACUGACAUUAUUGCCGUACGAAGCGGGCGUUGUGUGUUCAGCGAUGCAGCUGGCUCUGAAGAUUCAUCAGCAUUUCUCAUCUGUGACAUAUCCAGGUUUUCGCAUUUGUUUGGGUAUUUUUUUAAAUUCCUUGUUUGAGCAAUGACUAUCUUCAUUAUGGGCUGGGUAACAGUUGUACAGAUGUAUGUAGAGCAAAGGGUGUCCAGGUCAUAUUGCACCCUGAUUUUAAAUAUUGUGCAUAAUACUAAUGCGUAUGUUAAGAUGUUUGCUUAAGCUUAUUUUUAUUAUAAUUAAUCGCAUUUCCUCCCGAGAAUCUCAUUAGUGUACAUAUGAACUGCCGUUCAAAAGUUUGGAGAAAUACUGUAUUCGGCAAGGCUGCAUUUUAUUACAGUUUUUCUGA